AACAUUCAUCAUCUUCCCUCUUUUUUAAAAUACAAUGAGCGGCUUGCAAUUGUUGAACCCAAAUUCUGAUUCUGCUAAUAUUUCUGAAGCUCGUCUGAUAAAUAUUGCUGCUGCAACUUCAAUUCAAAAUCUUCUUAAAACCAAUAUUGGACCAAGAGGAACAUUGAAAAUGUUGGUCAGUGGUGCUGGUGAUAUCAGAAUCACAAAGGAUGGAUCCAUUCUUCUCAAUGAAAUGCAAAUUCAACAUCCAACAGCAGCCCUUAUCGCUCGUACUGCCACAGCACAGGAUGACAUAACUGGAGAUGGUACAACAACAACAGUUUUAUUAAUCGGUGAAAUGUUACAACAGGCAAACAGAUUCUUGAUGGAAGGAUUGCACCCAUCUGUUCUUAUUGAGGGUUUUUAUUUGGCUAAAGCCGAAGCCAGAAAAUUCCUCGAAACAUACAAGGAAGAAAUGAAAGAAAAAAUCAAGAUUGACCGUGAAGUUUUAAUUAGUGUUGCUAGAACUGCUCUCCAAACUAAAUUAUAUCCAGAACUCGCCAAUCAAAUGGCUGAUAUUAUUGUUGAUGCUAUCAAAUGUGUUCAAAUUGAUAAUCGACCAAUUGACUUAUUCAUGGUUGAACUUAUGCACAUGCAACACAAGAUGGAUCUUGAAACUAGAUAUGUCAAUGGUUUAGUUUUGGAUCAUGGUGCUCGUCACCCAGAUAUGAAACGUGAAGCUAAGGAUUGUUAUAUUUUAACAUGCAACGUUGGUUUGGAAUAUGAAAAAUCUGAAGUUCACUCAUCUUUCCAAGUCAACAGUGCCGAAAAGAGAAAACAACUUGUCGAUGCCGAAAGAAAAGUUGUUGAUGAUAGAGUUCAAAGAAUUAUUGAUUUAAAGCACCUAGUUUGUGGAGAUGAUCCAUCUAAGAACUUUGUUGUUAUUAAUCAAAAAGGUAUUGAUCCUAUCUCUCUUGAAAUGUUUGCUAAGGCUGGUAUUAUUGCUUUGAGAAGAGCAAAGAGAAGAAAUAUGGAACGUUUAACUUUGGCCUGUGGUGGUGUUGCUAUCAAUAGCGUUGAAGAAAUGGCACCUGACGUUUUGGGAUAUGCUGACCAUGUUUAUGAACAAGUUAUUGGUGAAGAAAAAUAUACUAUUGUUGAAGGUUGCAAGAAUCCACACAGUUGUACAAUUUUAUUCAAGGGACCAAAUAAGCACACUAUUGCCCAAGUGAAGGAUGCAGUCAGAGAUGGUUUGAGAGCUGUCAAGAAUGCUAUUGAAGAUGGUGUUGUCAUUCCAGGAGCUGGUGCUUUUGAAAUUGCUUUAAGUGCUCAUUUAUUGAAAUAUGCCGACUCUGUUCAAGGUAGAGUUAAGUUGGGAGUUAAAUGUUUUGCUGAAGCUCUUUUGGUUAUUCCAAAAUCUCUUGCUCAAAAUUCUGGUCUAGAUACCCAAGAUAUCUUGAUUAAGCUUCAAGAAAAACACCAAAAGGGACAACCAGCUGGUUUGGAAAUUUAUUCUGGUGAAGCUAUUGAUCCAAUUCAAGCAGGUAUUUUGGAUAACUUUAUUGUAAAACAACAAACACUGGAAGCUGCCACAUUUACUGCCACUCAACUACUCUAUGUUGAUGAAAUUCUCAAGGCAGGUAGAGCCCAAAAACCAAAGACAGAAGAACAAGAUAUGGAAGAUUUCGAAUAAAUUUAAAUAAUAAAUUAUUUUCUCAAA